CCGAUACCUGCAUUCUAUGCUUGCUAUCUACUUCGUUCUACAGUCCGCCACCAGAAUCUCUAUGUUGGAAGCACGCCACAUCCCGUCCGACGUUUGAAGCAACACAAUGGAAUUGCCAAAGGUGGAGCUGUGAGGACAUCAAAAAACACGCUGCGGCCAUGGGAAAUGACUUGCCUUACGCGACAUAUUGCUCCAGAUGAGCGCAUCACUCAGGCCAACACAAAACAAAGAUUUUCACCUAGAAGUGGCAAGGUACGCAAGCGCGCAGGACGCCCUCGUAUGUCAAUGCACGACAAGCUCGCCAACCUUCAUAUCUUGUUACGAGCAAAGAGUUUCGAACGUUGGCCAUUACAGGUCAAGUUCUUCGCCGAAGAUGUGUACAAGAUGUGGCACAGAUGGACGGUUGAUAUGCCUGAAGUCAUCCGUCAAGGCAUCGAAGUCGAGAUGGACGAAUCAGUUCUACAAAAGCCAGCUCCAGAAGGGGAUCCUUUAAACCCUGUUGGCAUUCAUAGGAUCGACCCUACUUAUCAACACAUGAAGACGGCCCUAGAAAAGAGCCGAGAUCUGUUACUAAUUCCGAGCACCAGCUGUGCCAUAUGUUGCUCUGCACUCGACUCUACAAAGGAAAUGGCGCUUGUCUGUUCCAAUCCGGAAUGCAACUCCAUCUUCCACAUCGGGUGUCUAUCAACGCAUUUUCUCAAGGGCGAGUAUGGCGCUCAAGACGCGAUUGUCCCAACACAUGGACAUUGUUCGUCUUGCAAAUCAAGCCUGGACUGGACCGAUUUGGUAAAGGACUUGAGUUUGCGUCUUCGUGGCGAGAAGGAGAUCACGGCUCUGUUUAAGGAGCCAAAACGCCGUAAGAAGAGUGUGAAGGAGAGUGCAAAGAGUGCUGCCAUUGUGGAUGACGAAGAAGCGGAGGAGCCAGGUGCUCUGGUAGACGAAAGCGAUGCCGGGAUUGACUUUGACGAUGUCUUACUUCAGUCGGAUUACGAGGACAUUGAUCAGAUACAAGCUACGGCAUCUGGCGGCGAUGAGUGGAAGCUGGUCGAUGAAUUGGACGGACAGAACACACCCCUGGCCACCGCUUCAACGAGUUCUUCGGCCGCUAGAGCGCGUAAAGCAGUCAUUGAAGACAGCGACUGGGACGAAGCCGAGGUCAUCGAC